AUGUCGCCCUCGACCGCGACCGAGUCCGACUCGAUCUCGUCCCUCGUCACCGCCCUGUCGCACGCCGACGACACGGCGCGCGAGAGCGCCCUCCUCUUCUCGCCAAAGUCGGCCCGCACCACCGGCACGGGCGCGACCGGCUCGACCGAGCCCCCGGGCGAGGCCACGCGCUCCCUCGUCGGCUCGGUCGAGGCGCGCAGCGGCGCACCGUCGCUCGACGAGGCGUACAGCGUUCGAGGCGACGACGACGAACGCGCGAGCGAGGAGGAGGCGCCCCACAGCGAGGACGAGUCGGUCGCUCGCUCGCGCGCCGCGUCGGGCGACACGGACUGGACGCACCUGAGCGAGCUGCGCAGGUCGCUCGAGCAGGCCACGAGCGAGCGCGAGCGCGCGCACCUCGCGGCGCCCGAGCCCGAGCAACCGCUCCUCGCCGCGAGCUCGAACGAGCCAGCCAGCGUCCUCGGGCCGGCGCUCAAGCUCGACGUCGAGGACCACGACGACCUCGCGUCCCACGUCAAGCUCGAGUCGGACGACGGCCACUUCCCCUCGGCCUCGGCGCCCGCCCUGUCGCCCUCGUCCACGCCGUCGCCACCCUCGUCUCGGCACGCGACGCCGACCAACGGCGCCCUGACCGACAGCCAGGAGGACGCGCUCCUCGCGCAGAGCGUCACACGCAGCCAGAGUGACUUCUCGCACUGGCUCGAGGAGACGAUGCGGCUCGCGAGAGGGGACGGCUCGUCAACGAUCGAGAGCGACGAUGCCCUGUCGUCCAUCAUCGAGGCGACGCGCCACGUCCAGCUCGGGUGGACGGCCCUGUCGCAGGACCGCAGCGUCGAGUCGUGGAGCGAGCGCGGCGACGGCGGGGCGGCCCUGCCUGACGAGGACUUGACGUUGACGACGGUCAGGACUCGCGAGACGGUCGUCGAGGGCGUCGAGGAGGACGUGGUUGUCCUCGAGGGCGCGCAGGAGGCGGCCGAGGAGAUCCAGAACAACAACUCGCUCGACCACCCCGCACGCCCGGCGCCGUCGUCUGCCCGCCCGUGGCAGCUCCUCUCGAUCGCGCUCGCCGCCGCCCUCGCCUGCACGCUCCGGCCGCAGCCGUUCCGCCCUGCCUCGCACGAGGUCGCUCUCGAGCCGACCCGGUCGCUCCGCUACGUCCCGCUCAACGAGACGGCGCAAGUGAGCCACUUCGCGACGCCCAUCCCGAUCGGCUCGAGCGUGACCCUCCCUGUCGUCGCCCUCCUCGCGACCCUCCUCGUCGGCGCGUCGGCCUCGGUCCCGCUCCUGCUCCACCGCCGAGCCCGAGCCGCUGCGCGCCCCGAGUGCGUCGCCCGCUCGCGCUCGGCGACGCCGCCGUCGCCUGUCGCCGUUCGCCGGUUCGACCGCGCCACCUCGCCGCUCCUCGAGCUCAACGGCGACGCCCUCCUCCGCGCACGCGAGCUCCUCCCGAUGGGCAUCGAGCACUACACGUCGUCGCGCCUCACCGACGCCGCCGCGACGUUCGUCGAGAUCGUCUCGCUCGCGUGCGCGCCCGCCGACAAAGGCCUCGCGAGCGAAUGGCUCGGCCGCACGCUGUACCGCCUCGCGCGCACCGGCGGCAGCAACCGCGAGGCGCUUGAGCGCGCCGCCGCCGCGUUCGAGCGCGCGAUCCGGCUCGACGGCGGGCGGGCGACGCCGCGCGCGAGCCUCGGCCGGGUCAAGUUCCGCCUCGGCGACUACGAGGGCGCCGUCGCGGCGCUCCGGGCGGCGCUCAAGCGCGACGAGCAGCUCGCGUUCGCGCACGAGUACCUCGCCAAGGCGGUCCUGCGCGUCGAGCCUCGGCCGGCAGAUGCCGCCGCCGUCAUCGAGCAGCACCUCGGGCGCGCGAUCGCGCUCGACCCGCUGUCGUACACGGCGCUCGCCGCCCUCGGCGAGUACCUGCACCUUUCCGGCGGGCCUGCACGCCUCGCCGAGGCCCGCACGCUCCUCGAGCGCGCCGUCGCGCUUCGCGCCGACUACCCGGCCGCGCACGCGCGCCUCGCCAUGCUCGCCAACGAGACGCUCGACGCGCCGCGUGCCGCAGCGCACUACGCCGCGCUCCUCGCGACGCGCCACACGGGCCUGCGUGACCGGGACGCGCUGCGCACCAGCGAGCGCGCGUGCGACGGCUCGGCGCCGUUCCUCGGGUGGUGCUUCGUCACGCGGCCGGGCUCGGCGGAGCGCCGGGUCGUCCUCGAGCGUGCGGUGAGCGAGCACUCGCACGACGAGCUCGUGCGCGUCCUGCACGCCGUCGAGGCGGCGUCGUCGUCGUCGUCGGUGCCGGCGGCGGCGCUCCUCCUCGAGGAGCGCGAGGCCGUCCUCGCUCGUCGCGCCGAGCGCUCGACCAUCUCGGACGACCCGACGACGCACGGCUUGUGGGCUCUCGCGCUCCUCGCGCUCGGCGGCGCGGCACGCACCGACGAGGCGCAGCGCAAUUGGGCCGCGUUCUGGGAGGAGGUCGUCGCCGGGCGCGGUGGGGCCGGUCGCGGCGCCGAGCUCGACAAGGAGGUCGGUUUCCUCGCCAUGGCGUACUACGAGGUGCAGCGAGGCAAGGAGGAGGAGGCGGCGGCGGCGCAGGGGCAGGACGCGCCGAGGGUCCGUGCGCGAGCAGUUGGAAGGAAGGGAGCGGCCAAGGCGCAGGCGGGCAAGGGCGUGUCGCCGAGGAAGACGUCACGCAAGGUCAAGCGCGAGCAGGACGUCGAGCCCGUCGUCGUUGCCGAAGUUGUCGAGCCGGUGCCGCUCAGGAGGAGCCCGCGCAAGCAGAUCAAGGCGUGAGGAGGGAGGAUCCGGUUCUCGUAACGACUGUACUCGGCCGUGCCCUCUCUAUCUUGUAUCGUCGAUGACAUUUAUGCUCUCUCUCUC